ACUCCAAAUCACAGUUGAGCUGACAGUGAUGAAUCCUGCAGGUUACCCGGGUGAUGCUUCAUUGAUAGGAAGGUAUGAAGGGAACCCUGGACAGCCUGGAGUGGUUCCAUACACCACUGUGAACAUCGUCUCUGACCCCCCCAAGGACCACAUCAUCUGGUCCCUCUGCUGCUUUGUCUACUCAAACCCCUUCUGCCUUGGACUGGCAGCUCUGAUCUUCUCUAUCAAGGCCAGAGACCGGAAGAUGGUUGGAGAUAUGGACGGUGCUCAACACUACGCCUCCACUGCACGUUGCCUCAACAUCUGUGCCACGGUCCUGGUUUCCAUCAUCAUUGGCAUUUGCUUGAUUGUAACCAUUGUCACGGCAUCCAGAGCAACCUAUACAUCCAGAGGACACAUUUGAAAUGUGUUGGAGUUUAACUGCUGCUGUGGCUUGGAGAUGCCUGUUUUUCUCUUCCUGAUAUGAUUUCUAAUCUUUAAUACCUCUGUAAUCAUAUCCUUAUCUUCAUUUGUGUUACAGAAGUCUUAAUUUGAACUAAUCUGUCUGUCUUGAAUGCCAAUUUGUUAUUUGUCAAAUGUCUGGUUUGACACUGUCAGUAAAUUGAGAUUUCCUGUCUGCCUCUGUCUUCACAGUUCUUUUGUACAAGAGAGCCGUUUCUUCUGUCUGUGUCAUAAUUCUUUCAAAUUAAAGAACUUCUCCAACCAAA